AUGUCAUCUGUAAAAAUAACUCCGAAAAAAGCUGGUAAAUGUGUUGGUCGAAAGCGUUUGGAAGAAAAAGUUAACGAUUAUUGUAGAUGCUGUAAAUUGUCACUAAAAAUUUGUUACGGGGAGACAUAUAAGUCUGUGUCUUCCGAGAAUUUAUUUCAAUCUUCGAAAAAGAAAGGAUUUGAAGGUGAAAUUUUGGCGCGUUUACUUCACAGUGUUGGGAUAGUUGCUCAGCAGAAUGCUAAUCUUUCUGACAGACUGUGUAGAACUUGUGCAUCUAAAAUAAGGAAGACUUGUGAAGGAUUUUCCUUGCUGCUUUCCACAAUUAAUGUAGAAAAUCCAAAUACAUCGUGCGAAAAUAACAAAGAAAACAUACGGCCCGUGCCUUCAACACCUGUUCGCAAUCGUACGAAGAGAGCUCUUCCAAUGUCAGUUUCUACGCCAGAAAGAAGUCCGAAUGCGAGAAAAAACCCCAAACGUAUUCUCAAACAUCAAAAAAACAAGAAAGAUAAAACUAAUGCAGUUCGUGAUGAGGUCGAUCAAGCUCUCAAUAUUGACGAUAUGACCGGCGAUAAAACCAAAGUUAACGUGUUAAUUUUAUGGCCGAAUGGGGAGAUACAUGUUCGUGUUCCAUCAAGUGAAGAAAGUAUUCUCCUUGUCAAAAACAUAGCGCUGAAAAAAUGGAAAGUCGUAUCUAAUACUGUGUUCAAGCAUACUGAAUUACAACCAGAACUGUCUAAAUCUUUGUGGCGAGUGUUAAACAAAGAGUUUCAAGAAUAUUCAACUUCUGACUGUUUACUGAAGGGUCGUUCACCAGAAGAGCUUAUUGCAUUCUCGAGCAGGUUGCUUGUGAGAGAACUGCAAGUGAAAUGCCCUGUAUGGAGUACUUGCAUUCGAGGAGCUUGUGGUUUAGAUAUGGAUGGUGAUUCAGUGGAUGUGGACGAAGUAAAUUUGAAUUCUCUAGCUCUAGCGUCAUCAAUUAUUGCUCGUAUUCGAAACAAAUGUCUGUCUGCUUUGGCUUACAGAAUAUCAAGUAUUCUCUAUCACAGUGGGACCUCGCAUCAGGACAUUAUUCGUUUGAACAGGUAAAUGAAUGCAAAAAAGUUAAUUUACAUCAUACAUGUCAUAGGGAUCUCAUGUCACAGAAUGUUAGAAUAAUUAGGGAGUGGUCAUUUAUGGGGGGGGGGGGUAAAUGGAGAAAAUAAGGAUUGAAAACAUUUUUGACCCCCUUCCACAUUUGCAAUUAUAAAAGGGUAAAACUUUGUUUGCCCCCCUCUCAUUUACCAACCUACCCUGGUUGCCAGAGGUUCUGUAUCUUUCGUCUUAUUCCCGCUCGUAUAUUUAUUUUACGCGAGGCAAAGAGAACCUCUGGUGGCACGCGAUACAAAUCUCUCUUCCAUGCUGACGUUGCCGUUUGAGAACUUGCAAAACCGGUUUUAUAUUUUGUGACGUUUUUAAACUUCCGGGUUUGUCAUACUACCAAAAUAGCUCUCUUCAGACAGCCUUGCAUGUGUAAAAUACUAAAAAUAAGCAGCCGAAACAUGUAGAUUAUUCAUUAGAAACAUGUAGAUUAUUCUCGUAACGCACAAAGCAAACUUACUGAUUGUGGAAUGCCGUUUGUAUUAGGUCUAUUUAUAGCGUCAAAAGUGAAAGAAUAUAAACAUAUAAAUAUUUAUAUAUACGUGUGCAACGGAGCCAGUAUGGUUGUCCUUAACAGACAACGGAAAAAUAUUGGCAAAAUAAAUCAUAUUAAUAACUAUUAAUUUAAAGUCAAAGAAUUGCCAAAAUUUAAAACCUUGAACGAUAUAAAGCAAGUGACCGACACUUUAUAUUUUACAAAUAUUACUACUGUAAUAGAGUGAACAUGUCAUGCCGUCGACCCAAGUCAUGCCGCGAUGGCCCUGCAGCUCUUCUCCAGCGCAGAAAGUCUUUUUACAGCGGAACAAACUAAGUUAAACUCAAAUAACCCACACUGAGUAAAGCAUUUUAAUACGUUCGUAUUAUUUCUGUAUUUUGUUUACAUCAUGUCUCUGAGAUUUAUAAACAGGUUUUUUUGUCUAGCCAAUCACAUCACUUCAUCUGACUGCUAAUUAUAACUAACCAAUCAUGUGCUUGGUACAAAUUUUGUACCAAAGGAAGAGAGAUUUGUAUCGCGUGCCACCAGAGGUUCUCUUCGCCUCGCGUAAAAUAAAUAUACGAGCGGGAAUAAGGCGAAAGAUACAGAACCUCUGGCAACCAGGGUAUUACCAACCCCCCUCCCAAUAAAUUAUCACCACUCCCUUAUAAUAUGAUACAUUUUAAUAAACAAAUUAAAUAAUAAUAACUUGUGCAUGUUCUUUUAUCUCUUAAGGCUAGGAGUUUGCAUGUCCCCAAAUAUGAUACUUCAUCUCCAACGCUGUUUGGGUGAAAACUUCGACUCCAAAGUGUUUUCUUGGAAGAAGGAGAUUGAGGAGAAGCAAUCAGAUCUUCAAGUUUUGCACUUAUUGACUGAAAUUGCAGAGAAGCAGCUCCCAAAAGUUCAACUUCAAGAGGAUGACAUGGAUUUAGAUGUGGUAUUAGACUUGCAUAAAGAAAUAUUAAAAGAUUACAGUUCCUAUGACCCAGAAGUUUGGUCAACAGUAAUGCAAGUUAUGGAAGCUGAAAAGACCAGGAGAGCCUUAACUGAUUUUACUGAUGAAGUACUUAAAUGCACCUUGAAAAAGUACCAGGUAGUUGAUGUCCCCUACUUCAAGUAAGUUUUUGUGUAAAAUUUGUGUACACACAUCAACUUUGAUACUUAUAUUUAUAAUUACGUAGGGAAGGAUGUCAGAAAAAGCUAGUAGUUAAAGAGAAUCAAGUGACCACCCCCAUUCAACCUCUCUAUUUCCAUACAUUAAAUAAUUAAUGUAUGUAUUAUUUAAUUAAACAAUUAUCCAUUUAUGUUUUUGUUCAAAAUUGUAUUUUUUAUAUAGUGUCCAUCCAAAACUAAACCAAAACUAAACUAUACACCUGUAAUUAAAUUCACAUAAUAGUUUUUCCACCUUUGCAUGUCCUCUAUAUAGAUGUUUUAAAUUGAAUACUAGCCUUCAUUUGAAAUUUAAUGACAAAAGAUAUUUUUUAAAACAUUUUUACAUUUCACAGGUUGGUUGGAGAUAAUAUAGAUCAUCAAAUGUAUGCCAGAAUCCAGUCCACAAUGAAUGAAAAUAGAUCAAUACAUUGGACUCACCAAUAUGCCAUUAGAGAUAGUGUUGUUGAUCCAUGUCUUGACAAUUCUCAACCCAUAAUGAAAGCUAAUCAAAUACAACUGACAGAACUUCUCCCAACACCAGAUGUCCAGGCUAGAUUAAAGAAAACACUGAAAGUCAUUGUGAGUCGAAUAGUAACAAAUUAUCUCCCAGCUUUCAAGUCAUUGCAGAAUGUUGUUGUUCAUCACAUACCCCAUAGAUACACAAAUGAAGUCAGUGAGAAGUCAAAUAUAGUAAGUUUAUAGUUUUCAUGUUCCUUGACAUAUCACUAAUAUGAUCAGCAAAGAAUAUGCAAAUACAAGAGCCAUUAUGAGCGCCACAAAUUUCCUAAUCUGUCCCCCAUUUUUUUAGAAAAGUUAAAGAAAUCACCUGCCCUAAAUCGUAACAAGGAUUAUACAUAAUUGUGUAUUUGAAUAGGUUCAUUAAUUGACUGUGGAAUAUAUUUCACAUCAUUCUGUUGUGUCUGUCGUGCUAUUAUCCCUACAUUUUUGGAAAACUCUCAUCUCUCUAACAAGCCCUAUCUCAAACAGGACUUAAAUUAAUAUAGGCCCAUUGUACGGUAGCCUGCGAACAGGCUCUCUAAUUGUAGGGGGAAGGGGCUUACCAUCUGUUCUUCUCUAUAUACUUUUUUAUAUUUUUUCAUAAUAGUGCUGUCUUGGGAUGGAAUUCAUUAACCCCAACAUAUCUGGAGAGAUGGCUCAAUUACUCAUCACAAACCAAGAUAAGUAUGUUCCGAAGACAUCAUCAAGUGACUGUCACAGUGGUUCACAGAAUGUUGUGUCAAAAAUACCAUUUCAUGGUGACCAACUGUUUGAUGAACGUGCACGAAAUGUGAAGUGGACUUUCCAAGAUGGAGAUAAUGACAUUGAUUGUCUUGAGGGGCUUGUCCCUGAAUUUGCAGAUUGGCAUGCAAAGGUUACGUUGUAUGAGGUCAGUAUAAUUGGACUUUAUUAUAUAAAGUAUUGUGCUUUAUAGAGAUUUCGAGCACUGAUAAAAGUGAUAAUCUCACAUGUGAGAUUAUUCAUGAUAUCUCACAUGUGAAAAUUAUCGCUUUUCAAUUAUCCCUUUUCUUUAAAAAUUAUCGCUUUUCAAAGACUGUCCUUUAUACAGGGUGUAUAAAAAAAAACUGAACAGAUUUGAAAUUGCUCUCAAUUUCACAAAACACCUAUUUGCAUCCGGUUUUUUAUAUAUAUAGCUUCUUUGGGUACUUAUAAUGUAGAAUAGUGAAAAAAAUUUCUCAAACUCAAAUUUUGUGAACCAGGGGGGUGUGUCUUUUCCAAAAAACUAAAAAUGGCUCGCGCACAAAACUUAAAAGUUGUAAUCAUAUUUUGAGUUAAUAGAUGGAAACUUUGUCGGGUUUUUAAUUACUGUACAAAAUUUCAGACAAUUUGGUUGAGUUUAAGCCCUUUAACUAUUCAUUUUAUUUUAAAAAAUCAGCAUUUCGCAUGCUUAAUUAAUGCGUUUGCCUAAUUUGCAUAUUGCUAACAUAUGCAAAUUAGGCUUUUGCAUUAAUUAAGCAUGCAAAUAGCUGAUUUUUAGGAAAAAUGUAACUUUGCGUGAAUAGUUAAAGGGCUUAAACUAAACCAAAUUGUCUGAAAUUUUGUACAAUAAUUAAAAACCCGACAAAUUUUCCAUCUAUUAAUUCAAAAUAUGAUUACAACUUUUAAAUUUUGUGCGCGAGCCAUUUUUAGUUUGUUGGAAAAGACACCCCCCCCCCUGGUUCACAAAAUUUGAGUUCAAGAAAUUUUUUUCAUUAUUCUACAUUAUAAGUACCCAAAGAAGCUAUAUAUGUAAAAAACCGGAUACAAAUAGGUGUUUUACGAAAUUGAGACCAAUUUCAAAUCUGUUCAGUUUUUUUUUAUACACCCUGUAUAAUAAACAGAAAAAUACAUGGGUGCUUGGAAAUGCCAGAUUUAUUUCUCAUGUUGAACAUGAUAUCUCACUCGUUGCUGCACUCACUCGUGAGAUAUCAUGUACAACACUCAAAAUAAAUCUGGUAUUUCCGCGCACCCAUGUAUUAUUCUCUAUUUAAUUAAUAUACAGCCAGGGGCCCAGGGUAAUAUGUUUUUAUGUUUUACUUAUUCAUAAGACUAAUAAAUAUCAAGAAAGGAAUAACUAUGAUUUUUGUCUGUGUUGGUGUUAUGUACUCUUGUCAAUAUGAUAUUUGUGAUGUUCCUAUGAGUGUAAUAUAUAUCCACACCGGGCAAGCUUUAAAAAUAUGACUGACCACGGUGGGAAUCGAACAUACGACCUUCUAAAUAUCACAUACUCGAACCGAUCUGACCGCGUAGCUCAGUUGGUAGAGCAUUGGGCUAGUAUUCCAAAUGUCAUAGGUUCGAUUCCCACCGUGGUCAGGCAUAUUUUUCAAGCUUGCCCGGUGUGGAUAUACACUCAGAGUAACAUCACAAACAUCGAAGAAAUAACUGUUUUUAUAAUAGAGAUGCAUUAUCUGUCUGGAUACAUUAACGCUCAAAUUUGUCCAAACAGAUAUAAUAAUUCUCUCUGGUAUAAAAACAGCCAAUUGUACAUGUAAUUGUUAAUAUACUAGAUGGAGUAUGAUACGUUCUACAAAGCUGAAUCAUGA